CUGCAUUGCUGCUUUCCCUCUGAACCUCCCUCGCCCUCGUCUUCCCACCUCCCGGCGCUUCCCAUCUCGCUUUUCUUCCUUCUCGGCCUCGUCCUUCCCUCACUCCUCCCGCUCGUCCUCUCAAAACCCUUGCGCCAGAUCCCGCCAGUCCUGUUCGUUUCGAUUGUGCCUUUGUGCUGCGUCGUGCUCCGUCGUCGGCCGCCUUGCGCCCACUGUCCCGCUCCGUUUCGCUUAGCCGUCCGCCGUGCUGAAACCGAGCUGGGCGCAGAUCAGGCCUGGUUCUGCACAUCCCUCGUUCCGGCCGUGGGCUGCGCAACCGCAUCCGUAAUCUGCACGGCAGCUCAGCCUUGGGCCGCCCAGACCCCGAUAUAGACCUUGCUAUUCCUCUGCUCACCGCGCCCUCCGCCUCCUCUUGCGAGAAUUUAAAAAAAAAAACCUCCUAAGAAAGCUAUCGCCACCGUCGCCACCGUCGUUACGGCUUGGAUUGCACUGCUCGAAAGGCACAAAAAACAACCCACAACAGUCCCCAACAAUGUGUUGACACUCGCCCGCUCGACAUCGUCCUUCGGCCCAUUCCACACCGCGAGGCUCCAAAGCCCAAACAAAAAACAAUGACCUCCCUCGGAAGCCGCAGCUUUGCUCCGCACGGCAAGAUCCACAAGCGGGCCGGCUCCGCUUCGUCCUCACUGCAGUCGCCGACCCUUCCGCCCGCGCUGGAGAACUUCCCCUCGGACUACAAGAGCACGCCCGAGUUCAGGCCGGUCAGGUACACGGACGAGCAAUGGGAGGUGCAGCCAAAGGUCGCCGCAAACAAGAUCAAGCCGUACCUGCGCAAGCUGUCCUCCAAGGACGAGAACAGGAUCGACCUGUCGAGGACGACGGAGGAGAACGAAAGGAUCGCAGGACUGGGCAUCGGCGCCGACUUCAACACCCUCGUCUCGAGAUCGGUGUCCGAGGUGUCCUUCACGCCCGUGAACAGCCGCUCGCGACACGGCCGCACCACCAGCAACGGCUCCACCUUCUCGACCAGCAGUGGUCUGCAGAGAUCGACCGCUCCGUACUCGCACACGUUGCGCCACACGCCGCGUCCCUACACGCCGCCCGUGACCAAGUCCUACGCAACGUCUGCGGUCAGCGACGGCGUGGACGAGCCGACCGACCUUGUCGGCGCCGACGGUCUGCGCCCCCGCUUCUACUCGGACAGUCACCACAACCGCUCCGGCUCUCACGGCUCGUUGCCGGCCUACCCCGCGCCUCUGCGCCUGCACACCAGCAGCUCCUUCACCCGCCUCAACACGUCGCAGUCGAGCAUACCCUCCAGCGGCGCCCCGAACAGCGCCAGGCCGCGCGGAGACACGCUGCGCUCCAUCGACACGGUCGGCUCGCCCAGCUCGCGCACCUCCUUCGACAAGGCCGUGUCGUUUCUGCGCCGCGGCCAGUCGAUCGACGAGCUCGACGCCGCGGCCGCCCGCGCGGCAUCCAUCCGGGCCCUGCGCGCCGCCUACAACGAGAAGGAGGAGGCCAAGGAGGCCAAGUAUCGCGCCAAGCAGGAGCGGCAGCGGCGCAAGAGCGACGCGGCCGCAGCGUCGUCGUCCUCCACCCCGGCCGGCCCGAACGAGAAGCGCGAGUUCGUCGGAAAGGCGUACGACGAGUACAGCGCCACCCACGCCAGCUCGCAGCCCAGGACCGAGAAGCGGUCGGCCAGGCCGCGGCUUGCCAUGGUCGCCUCCGCCGGGUCCGGCAGCAAGAGGGGCGUCAAGAGUACCUGGCUGCGGUUCCUGGCCUGGCUGCGCACGAGGCUGCUCAGGCUCAGCGGCCGGCGGCACAGACGAUGACAUGGACGCG